AUGGAAUUGACAUUCGACUGGAAACUUGCAGUUGGGUCGAUUGGUUCCCUCUUCUUUGCGGUACUUUGUGCCGGCUCAGGUAUAGGUGGUGGGUGCUUUUACCUUGUUAUUUUUGUUCUGAUUCUUCAAAUGGACGCACACGAAGCUGUUCCAUUGAGUAAAAUCACGACUUUUGGUGUAGCAUGUGGGGGCUACUUAGUUCUCUGGAUGAAGAUGCACCCGACAAUCAAGUACAAGCCACUCAUUUCGUAUGCAACGGCGUUGAUGGUGGAGCCCUUAACGAUAUAUGGGACAAUGCUUGGGGUUAUUUUAAACAUCACAUCUCCAAGUUGGUUGAUUAUAGUAGUUUUAGUGUUGUUACUUGGGUACACGUCCUACAAGACUUUCACAAAGGCGUGGAAACAGUACAAAGCAGAGAACGAGAAAAUGAAACAAGCAAAAAUCGCGAUAGAAAUGAAAGAAGAGAAGCAACCGGAUCAAGACACUGCAAACGAUGACAUGACGACGGAGAGUCUCAAAACGGGAGCAGAAAGUGACGACAAAGUGCAAAGUGGUGUCAUCGUCUCCGAUAAAAUCGACUUAAACGAGUCGACACCUCAGGACGACAAAAACGAACAAGGCACUGGCCCACAGUUACUCCCACAAGACGAGAAUGAAACAGUCGAAGAUACAAAAAAGAAAGAAGAGAAAAUUCUCUUCAAACGCGAAGUCUUAAAGUCGAUUCUCUCCAUCAUCAUAUUAAUAGCAGUCUGGGCAGUGAUGUUUUGUAUUGUCAUUUUACGUGGCGGGGGAAAGAUGGAUUCCGUCGUUGGUGUACAAUGUGGAACACCAUGGUAUUGGAUAUUGACUGGAGUCGGCGCGCCUUUGAUGUUAACUGUCACUUUAAUAGUUGGUGGGGUGUUGUGGUACAAACAUCGUGGAGAGCAUAUCGAAGGUGAAGUACAAUGGAGUGUGAAGAAUUGUAUAAUAAUACCUGUUGGGGCGUUGUUUGCUGGUGUAUCUGCAGCGUUUUUGGGAAUAGGUGGUGGAAUGGUGAUUGGGCCCAUAUUGUUAGAAAUUGGUGUACUUCCUCAAGUGGCUACAGCGACGAGUGCAUUUAUGAUUAUGUUCACUGCGUCAUCCUCAUCACUUCAAUAUAUUAUAGAUGGGAAACUCGACUUGUAUUGUGGGUUAUGGUACUUUGGUAUUGGGUUUAUCGGGGCUGCUUUUGGACAAUUUGGCUUUUCAAAGAUUGUUCAGAAGAUGAAUAGACAGAGUGUCAUCGGAUUUUUCUUAGGUGCUUUAAUAGUCCUUUCGACAUUAGCGAUGGUAGCAAUGACUGUUAUCCAGCUCAUUCAAGAUGUGAAGAACCAUAACUUAGGUUUCCAUCAUCUCUGCAAAGCGGUUGAAGACUCAUUCUCGUCGUUAUCAACUUCUUUCUCAUUGUAUUCCGAGUCGGCCUUUUCGAGCGUAUCGAUUGCUUCUUCUUCUGAUUUAUGA